AUGGAGGUCAUGACUGAAACAAUGCAAAAGUCUAAGUUUGGAAGAAUCUGUGUGUUCUGUGGAAGUAGUCAAGGCAAGAAAAGUAGUUACCAAGAUGCUGCUGUGGAACUAGGCAACGAAUUGGUUUCAAGGAACAUUGAUCUAGUCUAUGGAGGUGGAAGCAUAGGUUUGAUGGGUUUGGUUUCACAAGCUGUUCAUGAUGGUGGUCGUCAUGUUAUUGGAGUUAUCCCCAAGACACUCAUGCCUAGAGAGUUGACCGGUGAAACAGUAGGAGAGGUACGAGCAGUUGCAGAUAUGCAUCAAAGAAAAGCAGAGAUGUCUAGACACUCUGAUGCUUUUAUUGCUUUACCAGGUGGAUAUGGAACACUUGAAGAACUUUUAGAGGUCAUAACAUGGGCUCAACUUGGUAUACAUGACAAACCGGUGGGUUUGCUCAAUGUUGAUGGAUACUACAACUCUUUGCUCUCUUUCAUUGAUAAAGCUGUUGAAGAAGGAUUUAUUAGUCCGAACGCGCGCCAGAUCAUAAUUUCCGCACCUACUGCUAAGGAGCUGGUUAAGAAGCUUGAGGAAUAUUCGCCUUGCCAUGAGAGUGUUGCGACUAAGCUUUGUUGGGAGAUCGAGCGGAUUGGUUACUCAUCUGAAGACUGA